AUGUUGAAAAAUGCAAAGGUAAUUAAAGAUGAAAUUGAAUUUAUCGUUGUCAAUACACAAAAACUUCAACUCAUUGAGCAUUCAACAAUCACAAAUGCGAUUAACACUCAUAAAAUUGACGAUUCAUUUAAAAAGUUAAAGUCUAUGGAGAUAUUUCAGUACCCGUUGUCGACGGAAGAAAAUAACACUUUAUGUUCCAUAAAAUUCUAUUCAGAUUUGAAGUCGCACGAAAAACAGUAUCUCGAAGAAAGAGGAAUUUAUUCGAUGAAUCGAAAAGCGAUGAUUAACUCAGAACAAAUUUGCAAAGAGCAAAGCUUUUCAAAGUUUGAUUCGCUAAAUUUUCAAGAUCUUACACGUCUCAAAAUCGCUGAUGACGAAGCGAUGAUGAUUUUGGAAAGUCUCAGUCAAGAGAAAGUGAAUGUUUUGGCGGAACAAUCAAAUGGAAAAUAUAAAUUAAAAAAUCAUAUUGAUUGUUCGUCAUUACCCAUUUGUUAUCACGAUGUCAUUGCAGCACUUCUCAAUUUCAAGUUUGCUUAUCGAUUGGCAUAUAUGCAUUUACAAGAAUAUUCGAAAGCGAAAGAAACGAAUUCAAAGUUUUAUUUUCAGUUAAUUUCCAAUCCUUAUCAACGACUAAUCUUUGAUUUAACAGAAAACUCGAUUAUAGAAGAUUCUUAUGUAGUUUAUACAAAAGUUCAAUCAGCAGAUUUCAAAAAGCUUCUUUCUCAUUUUCAACAGACACUCGCUCGAGAUCGUGUGAACUUAAUAAAAGAACAAAGCAACGAUUUCAUCAAGAAAAGCUUGGACCGGUUGUGUUGUGGUAUUGAAAAAUUCGAAACACCGGAUUGCUCUUUCACUAGUCUCGAAAGUACAUUGAAAGCGCAAGAGAAUUCCGCCAUUGUUGAAGCCGCAUGGUUCUCACUGAACGGAAUGGAAGAUCUCAUUGUUUUACAAGAGCAACCCUACUCAUGGAAAUUUUGGAGAAACGUUUUAAUUAUUAGCUCUAUGGCACUGGCACAGAUUACUAUCGGUGCAUUAAUUGAAAUUUCUACUGUUGGUAUAGGUACCUAUGCCGCAUCUUUUUGCAUUAAUGAAGGGAUUAGUGAUUUGUUUUUUGUCUCUGGUUGUUUGUGCCACGGGCACAUGACCAUGUCGAGUUAUUGGGAACAUAAAAAAUGGAGUAUGGCGAUAUCGGCAGUUUCAUGUGGAAUUGGUGCUCUUUAUUCACGUGGUACAAAAUUGUCGAGAAUAGGUUACAAAGUAGCAGGACCAGUGCGAGCCGAAGGUGGCAAAAAAGUGGCCGAGAUGGCUGGUGCAGAACUGUUGAAAUCUGUUGGCAUAAGCAAAGUCGCAAAAGAAACUGUAAAACGCGUGGCUUGUAAAGUAGUUGAAGGAGCAGCUUAUGGCUUUGCUCAGGGUGCUGUUGAUCAUGUAAGUUUCAUUUUAUUUCUUCAACUUAUACAAUUCAAAUCGUUUCUACACCUUCAGAUCGUUACGAACUAUUUACAUGGCCUAUGCAACGCGAUUCAAAAGACUUCAGCUGCAGAUGUUGACGAGUUGUUUCGAACUCAUAAACUUAACCAAACUAUACUUAAAGCGUUUGAUAUAAUGGGAGGAGAGAAGGCUAGAUUACUGAAGGAUCAUGUGACAAGAGAAUGCUUUGAAAAGACACCACUUUAUACGACAAUUCUUGCUCAUUGCACGCGUUUGUCUGGAUCAAUUACACGUGGGAUAUCUGAAGGUAUGAGCAAAGUUAAUAUUGCAGGUGGCGCAACUUCGACUUCAAAAAUGAUGGCAUUUUUGAUGAAUCUUCAGUCUCUCCUAAAAGCUUGCGGUGUUUUAGAUGAGAUGAGAAAAAUGAGAGAUUCAGCUGCAAAAUUUCUUGAAAACGCUAAUCAAAUGAUUGACGAAGCAAUUAUUGAACACACAUCAUCAAAUGUAUCUGCAACCGGUUCACAAAAUAUGCAACAUCUUUGUGAUACGACAAUGCAACAAUGGAAACAAACAAUCAUCGAAACAUCUAAUCAAGUUAUUGCUACACAUGUCAUUUCACCCGUCUUAUCCUAUGGUGUCAACUACCUAGUUGGAUAUGUGGGUGAUUCGAUUAAGAAGGGAUAUCGAUCGUACAAAGAAGAAAAAUAUCGGCAGGAGUUUGAAAGGUUGAAAAAAGACUUCGAUAGCAAAGUCAAAGAUGAAAAACUCAGUGUUGAAGAGCGCGAGAGAGAAGCUAAAGCUUAUCACAAAGCACUCAUUGAAUUACUUGGAAAAACAAGAAAUGCGAAGUUAUUUGCGAGUAUUCUACGUGCAAAUAUUCCGAUGGAUAUGACGUGUGUUCAAGCAUGUACUAAUGUUGUCGACCAAUGUAUGCGUGUCUGUCCAGCUGUUGACGGUAAAGAAGUGUUCACUGGAAUUUGUAUUGUCGUUCAAGGUAGUGACGGAUCAUCCCAUGAAUAUUCAAGUUCAACGAAUCCGUCGCAUCGAAUAUGUUUAACACUUGAGGAUAAUCACUUUCGCGUUACUGGUGUCGAAAACGGCAAAGCAAUGCAAAACAAUUGUUUUUAUGAAGCGCUAAUAAGUGAAGUUCCGCAAUUGCAAGUCAUCUUUUCAGAUGGUCAAGUGUUUCGAGACUAUUUAUCAAAUUAUAUUGAAAACGAUGAAAGUCUUCAAUAUACGAUCGCUCAAGGAUGGCACAAAUUUGGCAUCGAAAAAGGAAGUUAUGGCGGAGCAAUUGAUGAAAAGAAGUACAAGCCAGAUGUUUUGUAUGAAAAACUUGUAGUAAAUGUUAAAACAGCUUUGACGGAAAUCUAUAAAAAAAAUCCAAAUUUAUCAGAAAAAAUUCGAAGUAGAAUUCAAGAAUGUAUACGUGAAAUUAAUGAAAUUGUCGCAAAUGAUGAACAAGGCACCGACAAAGCGAGCGAUAUUAAGGGAAAAGUAAGAGAAUUAAAUAGAUGGUUUGAUGAUAAUUUGACAGAAGAAAAUCAAUUAAAAAGUAAAUUGAAGCUGGAAAUAUCGACGUUUGGUGAACGUGCUAGUCAAACAGUACGUGAAAAUUAUCAAGGAGCACUAGAUGAAUUUAAACAGCAAGCCACGCACGCUGACGAGUUUCCUACCGAUACUCGUGCAGUUCAUGUGGCAGAUCGAGUAAAUUUUACUCAGGAUGACAUUAGUCUGGAAGUUGUCUCGGAUGAAUCGCGAAAAUUAAGGCACGAUGCAAAUCUUAUUGGGAGUAUUAUUCACGCAAAACUAAAUAAAGACGUGGAACCAAAGGAGAGACGAUACAACACGGUACUCGUAGGUAUUUAUAAAGAGGCUGUAUAUAUCGCAUUCAACCAAAUUGGAAAAGAAAACGGACAAGAAACGUACGCAGUAACUGAGGAACAAUGUAAACAAAUCUGCUCUGAACUUCGUAUGAAACAUCUUCUCGGUGGACGUUACAAAGUGAUCUUCUUAGAGCCUGAUCCUCCUCCAACUGAUCCGAAAACUUGUCGAGCACCACAUGGUGAGAUGCAAAUCCUUCACUUUUGGAAAAAGUCAGGAAUAUUAAAAGAAGAUAAUUCAGUGGGCAAAGCCAAACCAUGGGGCAUUGGCGGAUCGAAACCAGCGUGUUUCUGUUGUAGUAAUGCUAUGAAAGCGUGCAAGAUUAAUCAUAAAAUUUACGGAAAAGCAAAUAUGUCACCAACAAACUGGCUUCCUCCUGACCAUAUGAAUGUUAAAGUUAAAAUGAUAUGGAAUGUUCGAACAAAUACUUUCCGAUCAAAAUUAUCACGAACUUCGCAGUAUACUAAUCCUUUUUAA